ACCAGUCGUUGCCAAACAAACAAAAUGGCUGAAGAGCAGGAGGUGUCUAGUGCUGCGUCCUCACUUUCUCCGAAAACCACCGUCAAGGACUUACAAUUUAUUAUAACUGAGCCUGCUGGUGGUUUCUAUAUGAUGCCUAAUGAUGCUUACAACGAAGUUUUUAACGGAAUCUUCAUUGGCGAAGCAUCAACGGCCAUGAAUGAAGGGGAGCUACAAGACCUUGGCAUCACCCAUAUACUGAAUGCCGCGCAUGGAAACAAGUAUUACCACGUCCAAACAGGCCCUGAUUAUUAUAGGGGAUCUGGCAUCAUCUACCAUGGCAUACCUGCCAUGGAUAUGUUCACUUUCAAACUUGACCGCUAUUUUGACGAAGCGUGCGAUUUCAUCGCCAAAGCGGUCGGAACCAAGAACUCUGAAAAGCUUAACGGGAAGAUUUAUGUCCACUGUAAGGAGGGCGUUAGCCGAUCCGCAAGCCUUGUCUUGGCCUACUUAGUGAGAGAUCAAGAAAUGGAACUUAAGGAGGCGGUGAGAAUCGUGCGGAGCAAGCGAGAAAUUUCACCUAACGACGGCUUUCUUCAACAAUUGAUAGAUUACUCGAGUAAGCUCGGAAGAGCCUAAAUAAUUAGCGGCAACUCUCUUCUUGUAAUUGCUUUAAAAAUAUUUAUGUAUUAACGGAGAGAAAUGAAACAGAUGUUGUGUCAUCGAUACAAUUUGUUAAGUAAUAUAUUUACAUAUUUGUAAAUUUAGAGCAGAAUAAAGCUCUUAU